AUGGGCAGAAAGGAAGCAGGACCCGCCUACGUCCUAGGCGUUGGCAUGACCAAGUUCAUCAAGCCCCGUGGCAAGGUUGACUACCAUGAGCUGGGCUUCGAAGCCGGUGUUAAGGCCAUGCUGGACGCCCAUAUCAACUACGACGAUGUCGACCAGGGAGUUGCAUGCUAUGUCUACGGUGACAGUACCUGUGGCCAACGGGUCUUCUAUCAGUUCGGAUUGACCUCGAUCCCCAUCUACAAUGUCAACAACAAUUGCUCGACAGGAUCCACCGGUUUGGCCAUGGGCCGCACCCUGGUCUCUCAUGGCGCCGCGGAUUGUGUGCUUGUUGUUGGAUUCGAGAAGAUGAACCCGGGGAGUCUUCAGUCAAUGUACCAGGACCGGGCGAACCCGACAGGUCUGCUUGGUAGAAUGAUGGCAGAGACGAGAGGGAUUAGCAACGCUCCCGGCGCGGCUCAGAUGUUUGGCAAUGCGGGUCGUGAAUAUAUGGAGAAGUACGGAGCCAAGUUAGAAGACUUCGCAGAAAUCGCCCGGGUAAACCAUGAACACUCCAAGCGCAACCCUUACUCGCAAUUCCAGACAGAGUACAGCCUUGAGCAAGUCGUCAAGUCUCCAAUGAUCCACGAACCCUUGACCAAGCUGCAAUGCUGCCCGACCUCGGACGGAGGUGCUGCUGCUGUUGUCGUUUCUCAGGCUUUCCUUGACGCUCGUCCACAUCUCAAGGACCAGGCAGUCUUGAUCGCUGGCCAGCAGCUGGCGACUGAUACCCCCUCGCUCUACAACCGCAGCUCAAUUGACCUGAUGGGCUUCAGUAUGGCCCGCAAUGCCUGCCGAGCGGCUAUCGCAGAGGCUGGUGUUAACGUGAAGGACAUCAAGGUGUGCGAACUGCACGACUGCUUCUCCGCCAACGAGAUGAUCACCAUUGAUGCUCUCGAGUUAUGCGAGCCCGGCAAGGCGCACGAGAUGGUCAGCAAGGGUGACAUCACCUACAACGGCAAGAUGGUUAUCAACCCAUCAGGCGGGCUCAUUUCCAAGGGCCACCCGCUCGGCGCAACCGGCCUGGCGCAAUGUGCGGAAUUAGUCUGGCACCUGCGUGGCUGGGCCAACAACCGGUUGAUCUCUGGCACGGACGCGGCUUUGCAGCACAACCUGGGAUUGGGUGGUGCCGUGGUCGUGACGGUCUACAAGCGCGCUGACGGCAAGACUGCCGCUCCUGUGUCGAGCGCCGAGGUCGCUAAGAUUAAUGGAUUGGGGUACAACCCGGCUGUUGAGGCCAAGGGCUUCACUGCUGAACAGGCCAAGUCGGUUCUGAGCAAGAAGCACGGCGAUCAGUGGGCCCUGGCCGAUACUCAGGACAAAGUUCUCGCUCGUUUCUAA